AUGCACCCCCUCCCCGGCCGCAACACCAUCCCCACCACACCCACCAUCUACAUCCCACCCCAACGCACCCAACGGGUCCCCCAACCCCNAAGACCAACUGCCAAAAUGCACCCCCUCCCCGGCCGCAACACCAUCCCCACCACACCCACCAUCUACAUCCCACCCCAACGCACCCAACGGGUCCCCCAACCCCUCAACAUCACCCUCCAAAUCGACAUCCCCGCCGCAAUGGCCUUCUUCCAAACGCGUCUCACGACCCUCAACGAGGAGCGACGCGUCGAGGCACGUGAGGAGCUCGCUGCGAUGGCGCAAGUGUAUGUAAAGGUUGCGAAGUGGUACGUGUACCGUACUGGACCGGCGAAGUAUCGUGCGGAGGUUGAAGCUGCGGAUGGGAAGGGACCGGAGGAUCCGCAUCGGAUUUGGGUGUUUGAGCGUGUGAGGUUUUUGAAGGAGGUUGCGAAUUAUGGGAAUAAUGUGAGUGAGAUUGAGAAGUUAAAGUUGAGGGGUACUGACGAGUGAGGUGUAGUUGCGUAAUCAGAAGGAUAUUGGACUUGAGAAGAGAUAUCAUCGGGAUGAGACGUUGAAGGCUGCUUUUCUUCUUAGGGAGGCUACGCGUAUGAAUCUUUUUUUUUUCACCUUCCACCAAAACCCCGUCCUCUUCACUCGUUAGGGUCCUCACUUUCCCCUUUUCACCUCGCUAACCGAAAAAAAUAGAAUGCACCUUCUCCAAACUCGCAAUCCAACAGCUGACCCUAGGCAUCAACCUCUUCUGGAACAAGCGAGAGAAACUAGAACGUCUACAAAACGACUUCAGCAUGGACGAAGCAUGUCUCAUCGACAGCGACUACUACAGAGAGGGUCUCUUGAAGGGUAAGUGGGGACGCGAGAUCUGGCGACGAUGGGACAAGGAUGAGCGCGAGAAUGGGCUGAAAGGCUGCGAUGGUGAUUGUGGAUGUGCGUCAGAAAACGAGUAUGAAGAAGAGAUCCAUGAGAUUAACUAUACGGACUAUGCUGAGGACACUGAGGAAGUUAAGCAGACCGAGGAGAUUGAGCAAAGCGACUCGGACGCGACAAGUGAGAGAACCGACGAGUUCGAAGAAGAAACCACACCCGAGGAAUCCUUCAGCUCACUUCCCCAAGUCCGAGUCAACCAUGUCGUCACUGAGCCGAUCCCCUCCAAACCCCAAACUCCUAGCAAGAAAUCCGCUUCCCAAGUCGAAGACACGGUCCAAGAGCCAGUUCACGCCGGAUCUCUAACUCCUUUCACCAAAUCCCGCGUCGAAUCCUUCGUACGUAGCGACCAGGAGCGAAUGGAGCGCGAACACGCACGCGAGGAGCAGAUCCGACAGAUGAUUGUGAGCAAGCAACUAGUAGCGAUCUCCCCCGCCUCGGAGAGAAAGCAACUAAGUCCUAACAAGAGCUGGGACGGUGGUAUUAAUGACAGUUCCACUGAUCGAAAGCAACGAAGCCCCGACAAAAGCUGGGACAGCGUUCUCGAUUCCAACAUCAAAGAACGAAAACAACGAAGUCCUAACAAGAGCUGGGAUAGCGGUCUUCAUCAUAGCAUCGCAGAGGAGGAGACCAUGUCCACCGAUACCGAGAAGAUCGCAUUGGCCAAGGCACCUGCAGAGCGAGAGUUUUCGAAGGCGUGGAAGGAGAUGAAUGAGGAUACACCGAGAAAGAAGUGGAAUGGACGGGAUAAUUGGAGACGGGGAUGA